CUCCCGCUUCUUCUCCGAGCGCUGAGAGCCGGGCUGGACGGGCGCGCGCGCGCGCGGACUGUGCAGACAGGGCGCGCGCCGGACGCGGGCAGCUGGAGCGGUCCCGCGGGGCGGCUGGGGCAGCUGGACCGGACGGCUGACGAGCGGGCGCCGCGAUGGCAGAGGGCAGCGCCGUGUCCGAUCCUCAGCAUGCCGCUCGUCUGCUGCGAGCGCUCAGCUCUUUCCGCGAGGAGUCCCGCUUCUGCGACGCGCACCUGGUCCUCGACGGGGAGGAGAUCCCGGUGCAGAAGAACAUCCUGGCGGCGGCCAGCCCGUACAUCAGGACAAAGUUAAACUAUAAUCCUCCAAAAGAUGAUGGAUCAACCUAUAAGAUUGAACUUGAAGGGAUAUCGGUAAUGGUUAUGAGAGAGAUCCUGGAUUACAUCUUCAGUGGGCAGAUCCGGCUGAGCGAAGACACAAUCCAAGAUGUUGUGCAGGCAGCGGACCUGCUCCUGCUGACGGAUCUGAAAACUCUGUGCUGUGAGUUUUUAGAAGGCUGCAUUGCCGCAGAGAACUGCAUCGGUAUCCGCGACUUUGCACUUCAUUACUGCCUCCACCACGUCCAUUACCUGGCCACGGAGUACCUGGAGACUCAUUUCCGAGACGUCAGCAGCACAGAAGAGUUCCUAGAACUCAGUCCACAGAAGCUUAAAGAAGUGAUUUCUCUGGAGAAGUUAAAUGUUGGUAAUGAAAGAUACGUGUUUGAAGCAGUGAUCCGGUGGAUAGCACACGAUACAGAGCUAAGAAAGGUCCACAUGAAGGACGUGAUGUCAGCGCUCUGGGUUUCAGGGUUAGACUCCAGCUACUUACGGGAACAGAUGCUGAACGAACCGUUGGUGCGAGAAAUCGUCAAGGAGUGCAGCAACAUACCUCUGAGUCAGCCGCAGCAGGGGGAGGCCAUGCUGGCGAACUUCAAGCCGCGGGGUUACUCCGAGUGCAUUGUGACUGUGGGUGGAGAAGAGAGAGUUUCCCGGAAACCAACAGCAGCGAUGCGAUGUAUGUGCCCUCUUUAUGACCCUAAUAGGCAGCUUUGGAUUGAACUGGCCCCUUUAAGCAUGCCAAGAAUUAACCACGGAGUUCUCUCAGCAGAGGGAUUCUUGUUUGUAUUUGGGGGCCAAGAUGAAAAUAAGCAGACCCUGAGCUCAGGAGAAAAGUACGACCCAGAUGCAAAUACGUGGACUGCAUUGCCGCCAAUGAAUGAGCCGCGGCAUAAUUUUGGAAUUGUGGAGAUAGAUGGAAUGCUGUACAUUUUAGGAGGAGAAGAUGGUGAGAAAGAGCUGAUCUCCAUGGAGCGCUACGACAUUUAUUCUAAAACCUGGACAAAGCAACCUGACCUGACCAUGGUUAGAAAGAUUGGCUGCUAUGCAGCUAUGAAAAAGAAAAUCUAUGCCAUGGGCGGAGGAUCAUAUGGAAAACUCUUCGAAUCUGUGGAAUGUUACGACCCAAGGACCCAGCAGUGGACUGCUAUUUGUCCGCUAAAAGAGAGAAGAUUUGGAGCUGUGGCCUGUGGAGUUGCCAUGGAACUGUAUGUUUUUGGGGGAGUCAGAAGUCGUGAAGACAUCCAGGGCAGUGAGAUGGUCACUUGCAAGUCUGAAUUCUACCACGAUGAGUUUAAAAGGUGGAUCUACCUUAACGACCAGAAUUUAUGCAUCCCCGCCAGUUCUUCUUUUGUUUAUGGAGCUGUCCCCAUAGGAGCCAGUAUUUAUGUUAUCGGAGAUCUCGAUACAGGUACCAAUUACGACUACGUGCGUGAGUUUAAAAGAAGCACGGGGACGUGGCACCAUACCAAACCGCUCCUCCCGUCCGACCUCCGCCGCACCGGCUGUGCAGCCUUACGUAUUGCAAAUUGCAAGCUUUUCCGCCUGCAGCUCCAGCAAGGCCUAUUCCGUAUCCGUGUUCAUUCACCCUGAAGAGGCGGCAGAGCGGAGGCAGAGCUCCUGACCCAGCGCACCAUAACAUGGCUUUCUGCGAGGGGACCAGAGGUGGCAGCGUAUCUCCGGUGGUUUUACUGUAACGCUUAGAAGCCCGCGCUUCAGCUCCUCUCGCGGAGAGCCCGUAACUGUCGAAAAAGCUCCCUUGGAGGAAUCCGUUCCUCCAGGUAGAUGUGUCUGCAGACAAACGGAGUAACUAUCCGGUAGAGGCAAAGGGAAGUGGGAAUCGGGGUCAUGUAAAAUAUCGAAGUUAGCGUACUAAGGUGCAUUCUCCCGGAAGGGGACUCCUUUCCGAGAGACUGCUGUGUUCCAGUACCUGGCUUGGGGAAACAACAGAAAUCCGUAUAUGCAAAUCAACAUAUCCAAACACACCGAGACUGCGUUCCUGCUGCACUUGGAAGGAAAUAUCAUGCCUAACCCUGCCCGACAGAUUCAGGUUUGUGCCUGAGAUGUUAGAUUGGGCCAGGUAGUCUCCACUUACUACUAGUACUGUGUCCUAAGAAUCUUUUUUAAACUAUAUUAUCAUGAAUUGAAACUAAGAUAAAAUUUCUCUCUCAAUGACAUUCUAUCUUAGUAAUCUAAAGGUUCGAUAAAUUAAUGAGUCAGGUUGCAGCCCUCGUGCGAGUUUAAAGGCAGUUGCUAGCUUCUGUGUUAACUUAGAUACGUCAUGCCGUAAUUUCUGGGGUAGUUCUCUCGGAGCUGUGAAGGGUCUCGUGCCGUGCCGUUCGUUCUUCCUGUUCAAUUAACCAGAACCAUUUUGUAAACACGAGGAGAUUAGCAGAGUAAGGGAUGUUACAGAAGAAAGACCCGAGUCAGACAAGUGACCAAGGUCUGCUGUGACUGCAAAAGCUGUCCAGACAAAAUAUAUAGGGAUCAAAAAACUUUAAUCUGUCUGAAAGCACACAGAGUCUCGUUUACUACUGUUUCGGAUUGAAAACCUGUCUUAGAGCGCGAACCUGCAUUAAGAAUCUAGUCUUUGUAGCAGAAUUUUCUCGAUGCCGUUCACUAGGAAGAGUUUUAGACAAAUUACAUUAUAAGUAAAGUUUGGCUGGUAGAAUAAAACUACCUCAACUUAAUUUCAUUCUGUUCAUAGUAGAGCGAAUUCAUCUCUUCUCUGCUUCUCCACUCUCCCACCUUCCCUUGUCUCCCCGUGCUGCCGCACUUCCCACCGCGGGGAGAAAAUCUGUCAUUAGUAGCACUUACCUUGUAAGAUACUUUGUUUUCCAUUCAAAUUAUGCCACCUUAGUGUGAAAUCAGGGACUUCAAAGUGCUUGAUUACAUCAUAAUUUGAAUUUUAUGUAAUAUCAGGUUUCUAAUCAAUUUAAUACAGAGCUCUUCAAUUUUAAUUGUUUUCUACAGUUUCCACCGCCCUCAGUAAAUGGCUGUAAGAAGCAGUAUUUUGUCUUAAUGAUUAAUAAAUGUAUAAAUGUAUCCUUUGCUUAUACAUUUGAGAAUAGGAGUUUCUUCUAGAAACUUCCUAGAUGGAAUGCUUAUAUGCUGUUAACAUGCAUAGGAAACCUCGCUUGUGUUUCCCCAACCGUGAACAGAAAAAAGGGUAACCUCCUAUCUGCGGUUUUUUUUCUUCCAUCUGUUAGGAGUCAGUACAGUGCUGUAAACGUUGCUGAAGGAAGACUUGUCGGGGUGGGGGGGGGGGGGUUCUAAAGAAUGUUGUGUGUGGAGAAGAUACUGCUGAAAGAAGGCGUGAGGUGUCUAUCUUCUGUAUCAGAGGCCCCGGGCCAGAUUUGCCACACAUUCACGUAACACAGUCGAAUUCGAUAUGUAAAGCAAAGCCGGCCUUUUUCCUCUGAAUCGUGUACCAGUCAGCUGUCGUCCGCACACCGUCCCAGUGAUACCUGGGAUGUCUUCUCAUCAAAGCAAGCUACGCGGCCACUGCAAAGAAAGCAGACUUUCUUUUUUUACAGCUAGAUACUCGUUUUUUAGAGGAAACAAAUUGCUGAAGAAGUGAAUUUUCUUUGGUAAAAUCUCUUGAACAGAACAGAACCUUGGCCUUCAGAAGUUGCAUCUGACAUACAUUAAAGCAGUAACUGAUGUCCUGUGAAAGCCAUGGCAGGCUUUCUCUUAAUUCUUAAUUCUCUUCAUAAGCCAUUCUCUUAAUUUCUGAAGUUUAUAAUUCUUCCCAGUGCACACCAGGCCUCUCCAAGGAGACAAUUCAUUGUUUAGGAGUGAAUGGGUUAUUGCAAUAUUAUUGCAAUAUUAUCAGUGCCUGCAUGACUUAGUCAAUUCAUUUUAUAAAAACAGUUCUUUUUUAGUUUUUUAUUCAGUUCAUUGACACGGUAGCUGCAGAAAUUAGAUAAUGUUUUUUAAAAUAAAUUUGCCACAUAAUACGGGAUGCAAUAACCAACAAGAACUGCUAAGUGCCAAACUGUUAUUUUCCUAUAUAUAAAUAUAAAAAUAUUCUGCUGAAGGGUAGGAAUAUAUUUAAUUUUAUUAGGCUCCAAAAUUAAUCGUGACUUUUUUGUAAAUGACAGUUACUUCAGUAUUGUGAAAUAAAUUUUAAGUCAUUUCAUGCAGGUUUGUUUUAACAUUCCACUUAUGCCUUGAAACAUCUUUUUCUCGAUAAAUUUUUAAUACUUCUUUUUCCGUAAGGCACUUUUACCAGGCAUAGGUUGGAAUAGGCAGUUGAGGAUAGAUGUUAAAAUUUUAAAUGAGUAUCAUUGGGGGAAGUGCAAUUUAUUUUCAUUAUCCCGCCAACAGAAGGAAACUUGUUUCGGGGUUAGAGUCAGUGAAUAUUUAAAGGAUCUCUCGUAGGCUACAGUCUAAAGUAGGCUUGUUUGUUUGUUUGUUUGUUUGUUUGUUUGUUUGUUUAACAUCCAAAUAUAGAUUUUUCAAAGAUAUAAGUGUUUAAUUUAAAAUGAAGUGCUGUUUUGGGGGUUUGUUUUUUGUUUUUCAUUUUGUGUGUGUGUGUGAGUGUGUGUUAAUGCUUCUAUCCUGUGAGAGGGAAAAGUGUGAGGGACAGAGAGUGUGUGUGUGUGUGUGUGUGUGUGUGUGUGUGUGUGUGUGUGUGUUAUGUGACUUGGCAAGUCUGUUUAUACAUGUUUACUUUUAAAAUUGUAGUUCCAAACUACAUAUAUUACUGUCUCCUGGUGCUUCCGAUAAAUCCUUGAGCCUGUGGCCCUUCAGUUUAUACUACUAUGUUCAACUCACGUUGGGUGUAAAUAUUCAUAGAGUCGUAGUCUGUAUAGUAAGUUUUACCUGGUGUUUGCAUUCCUUCAGUGGGACUAAAACAGUGCUUACCAACUAGUAUAGUCGAUAUAGCUAUAAAGAUUUGGCCUUGGAAAUCUUUGAACUCAUUGUUCCUUUCAUUAGUUCUUUAUUUCAUUGCUGUGAGGAGUUGAUAGGUAACAGUAGGCUGUUUUCAAACCGCAGCAACCAGAAAAGAAUAUUUGGGCGAUGAUGGAUGGUGUACUCCCUGUGCUAAAGUGUCCUGUUAUAUUGUACUACCACUUUCGUGAUGCUUUGGGGUGCCAUUUUUAUAAUUCGUGGGUGGGAGGGGGGUUCCCUGCAAUAUGCAGGAAGCAUAUCCUUAUAUUGACCUGGUAGAGAUAAGGCUGUCUUUGCUGUGUCACCUCAGUUACUCAUGGUAGUAAGUUGGGUUUUUAGAGAAAUUCGUCAGCUGCCUUGGUCCGUUGGGGUUCCAUUUGGUACGUUCCUCCUCCCGUGUACCAGACCAAAAAGUUUCCCAAAGAGUGCUAAAAAUGCUACAGUAUUACCUUCUUGUUGGCCUUUCUGAUUCUAGAAGAUGCCUCCUGUGGUCAGAUGGAGACAUUUGAAUAUCUGGGGAAAGAAUGAGGUGGCACUUUGCGUGGAUUUAUUUAUUUAUUCUUUAAUGUUUGGGUUUUGGUUUUUGUGUUUUGUUUUUGUUUGUUUGUUUUUUGAGAGAGCUUGAGCAGGGGAAGGGGACAGAGAACCAGAAGCAGACUCUGCAAUGACAGCAGAGAGCUUGACGCGGGGCUUGAACUCACGAGCCAUGAGAUAAUGACCCGAGCCGAGGUCGGACACUCAGCCAACUGAGCCACCCAGGCACCCCUGCAUGGAUUUAAAAGGUGCUGGGACCCCCUUAAAAAGCACCUGGUGGAAGGGAAGUGUGAGCUUGCUCUCGUUCCGUGGCUGCCCCUCAUGUCUGUGAGAGCCUUGGGGGAGCCAGGAAGGGAGGAGACGGAUUUGUACAGAAAAGCUGCCCUGGGUUUAAUCAGCAAAUGCUUAUGGAGGACCCCCUAGGGAUUCUCCUUGGAUUUCGGGGGGGGGGGGGCUGUCAUGCUGCUCUCCCUCUAGCCUGUAAACUCCUCGUGGGCAGUGACCCUGUCUUGGCCGUCUGCUAACCCCAGUGCCUGACACACAGCAGGUAGUCAGGAAAUGGUUGGCCAGUGAGUACAGUACCCUUGUGAUCAAAGUGAUGUUCUUUGUGGGAUUGAGAAGCCCUCUCCAAGAGCGAUUUAUUUUGUUGGAUUUUAAAUGAAAGGCUUUGUAUGCAGAUGUGCUGGCCUCCUAUUCUAGAGUGAGAAACUAGUACAGAUACAACACACAAAGUGCCCGACGUGCACACGCACACUUCUGUGGUUUCCAUAUGUUCUUUAGGGUUUGGAGGACCCUACUAUGCUCAGCACACCUAAUACCACUGAUCACAUUUAGUGUUGGGAUUGAUUGCUUUUUACACGUGCCUCUGGGUGUUUUCCAGAACAUACUGCUGUGAUCCUCACUUCUCCAUGAUGGGUACAGUGGCCCCACUGGACAGAGAGCAGUCUCUGAGGCCCAGGAGAUACGGCUUCAUUUCCCACCUCACAUGCAAGUAGAAACCCAAAGCAGAAGCCAGGUCUUUGUAUUGUCAUUUCACCGUUCAGCCUCUGAGACAAUCGCUUAAUUUUCUAGGCAUGCAAGUAUUUUCAGUCCUAAGAUAAUCAUUUGUGGUAUAACGUAAGCCCUCAAACAUGUCCUUUAAAGUUAUACAGACAUAAGCUGAAAGGUCUUUGGUUUUCUUUGUCAGUUAGCGAUAGGAAAUUCAAGAAUUGACUAAACUUGUAAGAACGGAAGUACUAAGUGUGUUUGACAGAAAAGCACUUUUUAUUCUUAAAGAGCAGAAACUUCGUUUAUAUUUCUUUUCUUACCACGUGUACAGUAAGGGAGAAGAGAGUGUGUCUUCGAAGGUAGAAGGAGGUAUUUUGCUAGCUCUCUAAUAACCCCUGAGGUACUCUUUCUAGCCAGUUCAGAAAUGAUGGAGAUGCAUGGUAUAAAGAUGGGUUGUGACUUGCUUACCCAGGUUGGAGAAGGACAUGAAAUCAGGUCAAGGCUUUGCUGCCUGCUGGUGGGAAAGUCUCAGUGGUGUUGAACUCUUAUGUUUGCUAUUGUUUGUUUGCAAGCCAACUGGUAAAACUUUUAAAACUUUUGCAUGUUUCUCAAGUGAUUCUGUUUUUAAUUAUAAAUACAUCUCACCUUUACAAUGCAUUUACGUGACAUCUGAGGAGCUCAGUUAAGAUUCUGUGUUCUUUGGUCUAAAUGCAUGUGGUCGAGGAAGGUUUGCUCGUGUUCAGUUCUGUCCCCGAAGUUCUGUCAGUGACUGGGUCUUUAGACUUCUUCCCUUCCUCAUCACAUCAGAUAUCUGAUAAGUUAAGCAGCCUGGCUGGCUCACUUGGUGGAACGGGUGACUCUUGGUCUUGGGGUCGUGAGUUCAAGCCCCACGUUGGUUGGGUGUAGCAAUUACACAGGUGUAGCCCAUACAUGCUGCAUAAGAUCACACAGGGAAAGAUCGCCCGUUCUUAUGACCCGUAUAAAUAUGUGGCCACUUUGGAUGAUUCAGAUCCCAAGUAGACACAGGCUCAUCUUUCUGGUCAGCGAAUUAUAUUUAUUAGACCUUACUUUUUAGCAUUUAAGUAAAAUUCAUAGGUUUUAAAACUUUAUUUUUAUUGUUCCUGCUUAUCAAUUACAAAUAAGGCAUACUUUAGAACCUUGGGUAAAACUUUUUCCAGUUAAACCCGUGAACUUGGUAUGAAUAUGACUAUACGUAGCUCGCUUUAUCGUGUUUCCUGUUUAAUUGGAUGAGAAUUAAAUGCACCUAUUCCCUUGUUCUUUGUGUUUAUAGGAAAAACUCUGUUCUCCGCUACCUCAUUAUGUGGUGUUGUGCUUGACCCCCUGCCAAUUUAGGAGAAUUCAACACAUUCUGUCCUUUAACAAAAGCCUGGAAGCCAGCAGCAGGCGGCCUUGAGGAAUACAAUUCUCUAAGGCUUAUUUUCCAUUUUACUAUUUUUUUUUUUAAAUAGGCACUUUUAAUCAGGAGGAACAGUCAUUCUCCUAGAGCUGCUGCAAAGUGAUUACUUGAAACUCAACUUGAACUUUAAAGAGUCUUGAAAAGGCUAUGUUUUCAUGAUGUAGAAAAGUAGUAUAUUUAAACACCACUGCUGUGUAAAACAGAGGGCUUACUCUCCAUCCUUGUUAGGAUCAGACCCGAGAAGGUGUCUACCUGUAAUCUGACCCAGCGGUGGGAAUUCAGAAGCUUGGGGCUACUGUUUUUCUUUGUCUUAAGGUGCUACUGUGGUUGGUUUAAGGAGCUAUUAAGUGUAUUUCCAUGAAUUUGUUUCCCAAGAGUCUUUUAAUUUUGAUGACAGUAGAGGCUCAUUAGUAGAUUCCUCUUCUCUUUUCAUUCUGACAGUCUAGAGUUUUAAAAUGAAAUCUGAAAGUGUUUCCAAAGGACAAGGUUGAGGUUGACCAAACAACUUAGAACUGCAGGAUGCUUAAAAUCACGAGCGACUGGAUUUUUUUCUGAGCAUCAGUGGAACGCGCCUUCUCCGCACGGCGCACGUCGGGCUCUGUCCUCGCCAGCGGCUGUCACCUUCCCUGGUCGGUAAGUUAGGCGAGCGAGCCGCCCCGAGGCCCAUCGAUUCCUCCAGUCAGACCUUCCUCCUCCCGGAGCGGUUUCUUACAGGAAUUACCCAGCAUCCCUGGUGCCCAAAAGACUUCUGCCCGUUCCUAAAAACCUAGCGUCCCGGGAAUAACGUAGAGACCAGAUAAAAGCUAGCGACAGAACUGCCGUUAUCCUCCGACAUGAUCUAGUUUUUAAGCUUGUGCUUUUGAGGGUGAAAGGCAGAGUUUCUCCCCAGAUGACAGGACGUCAGCACCAGCGGGUCUGGCAGCAGGCGUGAGACAUUUUCCUAAGUGGUUUCCAAGAGAACCGACACUUACCGCUUCAGGGCCCCAGCCUUUUCCUUUCGAUUAUCUUGAGGAAAACCUGUGUAAACACUUUAUGGACUUGCGCAAGCAAGCCUAGUGGCUGUGAGCGUGCACGGGCCCCGGAGCCAGGCACAGGUGGGUUUGAGGGCUUGCACCGAAGGCUGUUUUGUGACCUCUGGGAGCCCUUGAACCCUGAAGCCCAGUUCCUUACCCGUAGACGUAGGACGACAGGGGUGUUUACGUCUUCGGGCUGCUCUGAGGACCAGAGCCGUGAGGGCGAUGAGAGCCUGGCGCCACCGUGUGACCGUGGCCGCCGUGGCCACCCAGCCCGGCCUCCGGUCAUCGGUGCCCUCGCUGCGCGUCCUGACCUCGGCACUUCCGCGUUCGGACGUCUGCCACCGUGGGACCUACAAGUAAAUGGAUGUAUCUGUUGAUAAAAUGAUUUACUUCCUGGACCCAGGCCGCUGCUUUCCUUCCACUGCUCUAAUAUCUGGAUCCAGGAUGGUUCUGUAGAGCUGCAGCAUCCCCUAAUGCGUGCUUAGACCACUUAGAGUUGUUUUAAAUAACCCUCCAUUCCGAAUUUGCGUCAUGAAGCCCUCUAAGAAUACUUUAAAUUCUUUACCGAAGUUGAUUUUUCUUUUUCCCUUAAAAUCCACAAGUAGUAGAGUACCCUGGUCAGAUCAACUGGAUAUUUUCUAGAUCUCUGUUUGAGAUCAGUAUACCUAUUCUCUCUUAACGUGGAUGCCAUGUGAAACUAAAGCAAAAAAACAAACAGAAUUUGUUACAGGUACGUGCGUGUCUGUGUGUGUGUGUGUGUGUGUGUGUGUGUGUGUGGGUAGAGCUUCCGCCCCUUCAGAUAAAGAAGGGUUAUUUAACAAAGUGAUGCAGAAAGUGAGCUACUUAAUUCCUUUCAUCACAUCGCUUCCUUUCCGGUUCGCACUCUGGGACUGGCGGGUUUAGCAGCAUGUAAGACAUUGUAUAAAGUCAUUCUUGGUACCUUUGUGAAUAAAACAGGAAGUAGAAACAGGGCUACAAGGGCUGAGAAAUGGAUCGAACAGCCAUGCCAGACAAUGCCACUGAGAACAGCUUCUGCGGUACCGUGACAGUGUCCAUUUUUACUCUUUUUCUUAGUGAUUUGUAUAAAAGUAUAAAAGGCAGAGAAAAGUGCUGGGAGGGAUGAAGUGUUGGGUGUUAGGGUCUUUAGUGAUGCUACAGUCUAAUACAUGGCUAAAUAGAAAGUCUUGUAUCUAGGUUCAGAGGAGAUAGUUCCUAAAUGAAAAAGAAAGAAAAAAAACGUGGCGGGGUGGGGGGUGGAGGGGAAUCACUGACAAUUUGAAGACAAGGCAACUGUUUAAAAAAAAGAAGAGUGGCACCUAGGUGGCUCAGUCAGUUAAACAUCUGACUUCAGCUCAGGUCAUGAUCUCACGGUUCAUGAGCUCCAGCCCUGCACAUCGGGCUCUGUGCUGGCAGUGAAGAGCCCGCUUCGGAUCCUCUGUCUCCCUCUCUCUCUCUGCCCCACCCCAGCUUGCACUCUCUCUCUCUCUCUCAAAAAAUAAACAUUAAAAAAAAAAAAAGAAUAGGGGCACUUGACUGGCUUAGUUGGUAGAGCAUUCGACUCUUGAUCUCAGGGUCGUGAGUUCAAGCCCUGUGUUGGGCAUAGAGCUUACUUUAAAAAAUAAGUAAAUUUUUUAUGGGGCGCCUAGGUGGCUCGGUCAGUUAGGCGUCCCACUUCGGCUCAGGUCAUGGUCUCACAGUUUGUGGGUUCGAGCCCCGUGUCGGGCUCUCUGCUGUUAGCACUGAGCCUGCUUCGGGUCUUCUGUCUCCCCCCCCCCCCAUUCUCUGCCCAUCUCCCAUUUGUUCUGUCUCUCUCUCAAAAACAAACAGUAAAAAAAAUAAUAAUAAUAAUAAAUUUUGUAAAAAACUAAAAAGAAAAAAAGAAUAGUGUUUGUUGGGGGAGUGGGCUGGUAGCUAGAAAAGGACGUCUUCUGCUCCUUCAUCCAUGGGCUGCCCCACAUGGGCCCCUGGACCACUGCAUUUAGCUGCCAGUUCUAGGCGCCACCAUCAGAGAGACCUGAGCAAGCCUGGGGCCCCCCAAGGGACGGCAGUGUGGGUGGUAGGCGCUCUGGGAGCUGGAAUCAGGACCUCCAGAGACCUGAGGCUCUGGCCUGUGGGGAUGUCUUUAGAGCGAGCCGGUGUGCAUGGCUCAGGCCAGCAGUGGACACAGAGACAGAGUGGCCUCGUGGAAAAAUGGGUGGCCUCUGUGGUACUGAGCGCUCGUCUCUGAAAGUGCCCCCUAGGAUGAGUCCUUGCGGCUGUGACUGACAGCAUGCCAACAUCGGUGAGAGGGUUCUUACCUGUGGCAGGAUAUUGGGCACCAUCUCCAAAGCUCCUUGCAGACAAACAGCUUAGUAAACAGUUGAGUGAGUGAUGUGGGGAAGGGGGAGCUUGUACUUCUGCAUUGAUUUUGAGGACAAAAGUCUUUGUUAUUUUCAACCUGUGCUCCCUCUCCUCCUCUCCCCCCUGCCCACAGCCCAUUUUCUGCCUUCUGGCUGCAGCCCCUGGCCAGCAGCCACAGCCUUCUUCAGAGAGCUUUCAGAAAUAGGCCUAGUUCUAGAGAUUUCCCUAAAACCACCCUGUCAUCCAGAACAGCGAUUCUUGCUUUUUAUAUACUUUUUGCUCUAAAUCUUUCGUGUACCUGUGCAGAUUUAAGAAAGCUGAUGAGUAAAAUUGCAUUCUUUCAAGCAGGGCCCAGGUGACCCCGCGGCCCGGGAUGCUCUCCAGGGGGCUCGUGUGCUGGGCCACCUCUUGGGGCUCCUUCUAGCUUGAGCAGUCGGCAGCCUUGGGGUGGAUUCUCGUCGUCCUUUGAGAAGAAUUUCCAAAGCAUCCGAUUCUGUGGUUUGCUCUCUCUCUUCUGUGAAGGCACAUGGCAGUUUUAGUCUGGAGGAGACGGAGGCGGCCCCUCACUCUGCGUGUCUCUUCUGCGCCCCCACCCCCGGCCUUGCAAAGAUCUGUCCCAAAACAGAGAAAGACAGGCGCCAGUGGGGGCUCGCACCCACGUCCUCGUGAGGGAGCCGUCUGUGUGCUCUCGUCACUUGGGUAUAUUUUCUCCCCAUUUCUUGGGUGGUCUUCGCUUACUGAGAAGCGCUGUUUGAACCAGUGUUGGUCCUCCUGCCCACGACCCGCCGCGGCCGCCCAAGGACCCCGCUGGUGGGGCCUCCGGGGAAACAGGCCCCUCCGCGCCUGUCGCAUCUCCCUGCGCCAGUGUAGAGACUGGGUCAGGGUGGAAGAGGUUAUCUCAUCCUGUUUACACCCUCUGGUUGCCCCUCCCAUCCCGCCCUCUGCUCCUCAUCCUAGCCUGUCCCAGCCGGAGGUUUUAACUGCUUAAAUUAUGUAUCUCAAAAAGGCGAGAAAAAGAAAAAACAAACACACAACUCUUCUUAUUCCCCAGACCAUUCGCCUAAAAGUGUUUACUGAAAAGGCAUUCUUCUAGGAGCUCCUGACCCAGCCUUUGUGACUAGCACUUUCCACGGCCAGCUGGCCCUGGCUGCAAGAGAGCCAGACCCGUCCCCCAGGCCCCGGGGAGCUUCCCAGAGUCCACGCCACCCCCCCUCCUCCCGGGUGAGAGCUUGGGCCGGAGCCUCCCCUCCGAGGCCCGGCCCGCGACACAGCGGAGGCUCCUUAAGCAGCUGUAGGCUAGAACAGUCUCCCUGGGCCCCAGCUCGGCCCGCCCGCCACGCCUGCCCGGAGGCCCUCGGGGCUCCUCCCUGAGCCGGGAGAAGGGGCUCGAGGUGCCACACGUACUCUACCUCAGCACCAGGCCGCGAGGCGCCGUGCGGGCCCCAGAUGGCCUGGCAGGGCGUGCUCAGGCCCCGGGUGGCUCGGACGCUUGCAGAAGCGAGCCUUGUGUCUCGGCCACACGCAGAGCCCGGGGGCCGGGCCCCGGGCUCUGCACCGUCAUUGUAUCCACCAGAGCAGAGCGAGACCGUCGUCUCCUUGUCUCUUGGUGGGCUCGGAACUUAAAACCACCACUCCAAGUUGUGAGCAGAAUCGGAAAUUAGAACCACUCGUUUACAAUCAGAGAGAGACCAUCUUUUCCUAUUUUCUUCAAAAGGGAUUUCUGCUUCCGAAGAAACUCCAGAAAAUAAAUGUGCUAUUAUUAAUCUAGCAUGUGCUCAUUGAACUUGACUCUUAACGCUUUGUAAAAAAACUAGGUAGGAUCUGAUACGGGGGGGGGAGGGGGGGGCGGCGGGGCAAAAGGGUGUCAUCAGCUUCAAAACAAACCAAUGUAUGUGGGUUCACAGCAUCUUUUUUUCCUACAUGGGACCUCAGAAUUCAAGUUCUCCUUGAAAACAGCCACAUUCCAGGGGGCAGGUAAUUUUGUGGUGGGAGGUGUGCCAAGCGGCCUUUAGUUGAGAAAAGCACAGAUAUUAGCAACACUUGCUUAGUUAAAUCAUCAGUGGCUUUUUCUACUGAUGGGAUUCUUUUCAUUUUGACCCGCUGGUAGCACAGCAUUUGUUUGGUGCCUCACUCUUGUACCCCUUCGAGUGGCCAGGGACGCAGUGAUACUUUGUUUCGAAUCGUACCAUUUGUGAACUGUGACAGCCGUACAAAAGGAGGAGCCGUGGCCGCGGCAGCCUGCCGUGCGGUGACGCCUCCGCCGAACCGGGGUGGUCAGCGGAUUGAACAAAAGCACGUCCCCGCCCCAGCUGCCCCCUCCCGCCCUCAUUAGGAACUGUCCCACGGAAGCACCGGAGGCAGGCUGGGGCAGAGUCCAUUUUAUCGCUGUUAUGUUCCCGGUGACAGGGAUGCACGUGUCUGGGAAGGAGGUCCAUCCGUAGCUCGUUAUAAACGCGUAGAUUCGUUCGGUCUCUACCGUUUGAUGUAGCUCUCCUGCUAUGAGCAAAGUGUCAAGGGAAUUCCUUAAAACGGGGCUGUAAAUCCCACUGGACUCUCCGAGACUCAGGGCUGAUGUUCACUGUGGGUCCUGGCCCGGCUGGUUGCCCGUGUGGUUCCAGGCGUAACUACCUGACGGUGGCCCUUGUCGAGAAGUGGGUUUUAGCACACUUUUGAUUUGCCGUUUUGCCGCUUUUCAUACCGUAAGGAGAAUUUCAUAAAUAGCCAACUCAAAAAAAACACCGUGUCAGGACUCAUCUGGUUAAAACACAAGCAUUUGUUGAACGAACACAUUUCUAUUUUCUGACACGACACAGACAGAUCGUUUGAGUGUAAAUCCCGCAGGUUUUGCUAUCUGGGAAGAUUCCAGGUUGAGCAGUCUGCUUAGACGUGUGUUCAGCCAGGGUGGUGUUGUGUGCAGCCAGGGAUCCCGAUCUCGAAACAAACACCUGCUGCUAAGAGGCAAGAGAUUUGCCGUGAAAUACGCAGAAGCUACUCGAAGGACCUGGUACGGACCGUUGAAAAGACCUGAAGGACGGGGAAGCUGCAGCCAAGAGAGUCGUACCGCUCACACUGUGGGACAGUUCGCGGGAGUGUCGCAGUCUCAAACACCCUGUGGUCCACGUGCGCUCGUGUGUUCUGUGGGUUUGUUCUGUGGAGUAACUUUCUGUUCCUGUGCUGGCGUGAAAUGUAGCGAAGUUGAAGUAAUUUUGAAUCCGUAACUUUUCUCACAGAGUUGCUUUAUGGUUUACAAGUAACACUGAUGCCAAGGGGGUGUGUCCGCCCUGUCCCAUCCGGCAGCAUGCACUUUGUCGGCCCGCUUCCGUGUGUUGUGGGGUAACUGGGGGUCGAUCCCUCUCCGCGCGCACGGGGUUUGUGCUCUGGGAACACGUUGCCGUCGUGCUGUUCUCUUGUACCGAGGAUCACGGAAAGUGUUUUAUCUUUUUUAUGUAGUUUGUAUUGACUGGAUUUUAUAACUGUAAGAAAACAGAAAACAGAGUGUUGUAUUUUGAUCUGAAAUUUGUCUAUGGUAAAGUAAUUUUGUUUUAUGUAUUGGAAGUUCAUUUAAAACUUGAAAUAUUUUCUAGAAGGGUACCGAACAAAAUGAGUCGUUCAAGCUGUUUAGCCUAAUAAAACAAUUUGAUGGGGAA